AUGACAUCGCCAACCCCGUACCCAGCAUUCCUUCACCGUUUCACACGACAGAACGUCGUUUAUGGCGACGCGAGACUUAUCUUUGCAAUGUUGAAGCCCAAAAACGAUACUUGCCCGGGUAGCAGUGACGACAUCUGGGGCACUUCGCGGCCGCGCGAUGUCCGCCUCCAAAUCUACCUAUCAUUCUCUCUUGGCUUGUUCGCCUUCUUGAUCUUUUGCUUCCUUCGUCCACGAUGGAAGGGGCUCUAUGCGGCACGCAAGAAGCAGAAUGACCUCGCGACGUCGCUGCCCGAGCUUCCCGAUAGCUUUUUUGGCUGGAUCAUACCCCUAUGGAAGAUUACCGACCAACAGGUGCUGGCCUCGGCCGGCCUCGAUGCCUACGUAUAUCUUGCCUUCUUCAAGAUGGCUAUCAAGUUUCUGGUUGUUACCCUCUUCUUUGCACUGGCUGUCAUCAAGCCGGUGCAUGAUACACACCAGGACAAGGAGGGAAAGAAGUCCCCUAUUCGUGACGACCCUGACCCCGAUCGCAUUGAAGUUCGCUCCGACUUUUCCACAUUUGUUGCCGACUACGAACGCUACACCGACUACCUAUGGAUGUACCUCGUCUUUGCGUACACCUUCACCGCCCUUAUACUAUAUCUUAUCGUCUCUGAGACAAGGAGAAUCAUCGAUAUCCGUCAGGCGUAUCUGGGAAGUCAGACAACCAUUACCGAUCGCACCAUCAAGUUGUCGGGCAUUCCAGUCGAGCUCCGGUCCGAGGACAAGAUCAAGGACUUUAUCAUGGAUCUCGGCAUCGGAAAAGUAGAGAGCGUUACCCUCUGCAGGAAUUGGAAGGAACUGGACAACAAGGUCAUCGAAAGACAUGCUGUGCUGCGAAAGCUAGAGGAAGCAUGGACUGUUCAUCUUGGAAGCCGCAGGGUGGAACGAAGCCUAGAGACACUUCCGGUUGUCCAGCCACGGCCACCAGAACCCACUAGCGCCAACGGAAACGGCGACAGCGAAACAAGUCCGUUCUUAAGCGAUGCAGACCGAGGAUCCGACUUCAUUACUCCGUACGCCAGACCGCGGCCGAAAGUCAAGAUUUGGCACGGCUUCCUGAAGCUGAGAUACCGGAAGGUAGAUGCCAUCGAUUUUUACGAAGAGAAACUACGGAAGAUCGAUGACGAGAUCCGGUCGCUGCGCAAGAAAGAUUUUGAACCAACUCCAUUAGCCUUUGUGACCAUGGACAGUGUUGCUAGCGCGCAGAUGGCCAUUCAAGCUGUACUCGACCCGUCACCACUGCAACUUCUGGCAAAAAACAGCCCAUCACCAUCGGACGUUGUUUGGUCAAACACAUACCUGUCUCGAUCUCAGCGGAUUUAUCGGGCCUGGACUAUCACAGUCAUCAUUGGGAUACUUAGCGUCUUCUGGACCGUGCUCUUAGUGCCCAUAGCAGGUGCUUUGAACACCUGCUCUAUCCAUGAGGUCUUUCCCCGAUUGGCAAAGAUGCUAAAAGACCAUGAGCUCUUGGAAUCUCUUGUCAACACCCAACUUCCGACGCUGUCUCUCACGCUCAUCAACGUACUUGUCCCAUUCCUGUACGAUUGGCUUGCAAACAAACAAGGUAUGAUUUCACAGGGUGACGUUGAGCUCUCGGUCAUCUCGAAGAAUUUCUUCUUCACAUUUUUCAACUUCUUCAUCCUCUUCACCAUCCUGGGAACUGCCUCUGGCUUCCUGUCCAUGCUUGAGCGCUUCGCUGAGAAGCUCACCAGCGCCACGGAAAUUGCAUACGCUUUGGCAACAUCACUAUCCGAUUUGCUGGGUUUCUAUACCAACUUCAUCAUCCUACAGGGAUUCGGACUGUUCCCAUUUAGGCUUCUGGAAUUCGGUGCCCUGACUCUGUAUCCAAUCUACCUGAUUGGCGCCAAAACGCCUCGAGACUACGCCGAACUAGUUCAACCCCCAGUUUUCAGCUACGGCUUCUUCCUUCCACAGACCAUUCUCAUAUUCAUCAUUUGCAUGGUCUAUAGUGUGUUGAAAGACUCAUGGCAGGUCUUGCUCACUGGUUUGGCCUACUUCAUGAUUGGCCACUUUGUGCACAAGUACCAGUUGCUAUAUGCUAUGGAGCAUCGCCAACACUCCACUGGCAGAGGCUGGACAAUGAUGUGCGACCGCGUCAUUGUAGGCGUUGUUCUCUUCCAGAUUACUGUCGCCGGUCAAUUAGCUUUGAAGAAGGCAUUCAAGCGUGCCGUCCUCGUCGCACCGUUGGUUAUUUGUACUCUGUGGUUUUUGUUCAUGUUUGCACGUACCUACCGACCACUGAUGAAAUUCAUUGCACUCAGAAGUCUGCGGAAUCCCGAGCAAUCCGAUAUUGGGCGCGAUGUUCAAGAAGAAUCUGUCGCCGGCCAGCAACAGUGGCGAAGGACUGCUGGUCGGCUUACUCUGGACGAAGCCCGCGAGCGCGGGCUGCGAUUUGAAAACCCGAGCAUGAUCAUGCCUUUGGACGAUGCAUGGCUCCUGCACAAACGUGCCAGACCUGUGAACGGGUCGACUGGCUCAGAAAUUGACAAUAGCAGCGCUUGGGAGUAG